GACUAUGUUUUACAAAUAUUUUUUUUGCUGGUGAAGGUUUGUGAUAGUUGGUAGUGAUCUUUAAAUAAAAACGUGUGAUUGCAUGUAGUAAACAUUUCAAAGUGAUUCGAGUGCAUAGGCCGUAUAACUCUAAUCUGCUUGCCGGGUAACGUUAGCAUUCAUUACAAUUAGCAUUAGCCUGUUAGCUAGCUAGAUUCUUUCAAACGUUAGUUAUACUAGCUAGUAAAAUAUACACUGUAUAAAAAUGUAUGUGGACACCCAUUCAAAUUAGUGGGUUCGGCUAUUUCAGCCACACCCGUUGCUAAUUCGGCUGUUUCAGCCACACCGGUGUAUAAAAUCGAGAACAUAGCCAUAUAUUCUUCAUAGACAAACAUUGGCAGUAGAAUGGCCUUACUGAAGAGCUCAGUGACUUUCAAUGUGGCACCGUCAUAGGAUCCCACCUUUCCUUCAAGUCUGUUAGUCAUUUUUUUUGCACUGCUAGAACUACCCUGGUCAACUAAGCAGCAACCAUGUCUGGCACCGGGGGAGGGAAGCGAGCCUCAGGUGGGGACAGCUCCCCUGGUCCACCUGAGAAGAAGUGUAAAAAAGAGGAAAAGACCACCACCACUCUCAUUGAGCCCAUACGCAUUGGGGGAGUGUCCUCUACGGAGGAGAUGGACAUGAAGGUGAUCCAGUUUAAGAACAAAAAGCUGAGUGAGCGUCUGGAGCAGAGGCAGACUAUGGAGGAUGAGCUGCGGGAGAAGAUCGAGAAGCUGGAAAAGCGACAAGCUACUGACGAUACCACACUGCUCAUUGUGAAUCGCUACUGGUCCCAGUUGGAAGAAAAUGUUCACGUCCUGCGCCAACGCAUUGACCCCACGGUGGUCCCGGCACCCCCCGCUACUCCUGUUUCUACCCCUACCCCGAUGGAUUCGGAUGGCAUGAUGAUCCCACCACCACCCCCUCCCUCAGCCCCACUCCCAGUGCCAGAACACGAGGAGAAACAGCCUCCACCACCCGACGGUAUGGAGAUAGCUCGUGAACCACAACAGGACUCGACAACCGCCCCUCCGCCCACUACUACCCUCAGUGAGAGUACCAAAGCCUUCCUCUCCACUUUGGACAACAGCAGUGAGGAGGAGCUCAGCCUGCAGCUGCGGGACAGGAUGCAGUUCAGCAAGGAGGCCGCUGCCUGCAUGGUCUGCGUCUUCGACAGGCUGCACAGCCGCAUCGACGGCCUAUGCACCCAGAUCCUGUCCUCGGCGUGUGAGGAUGACAGCCAGGAAGAGAUGCUCCGUCUGAAUCGUACUCUGCUCGAGGAGAAUGGCAGACUGCAAGACCUGGCCUCCUCCCUGCAGGGCAGACACCACAAGAUGUCUAUGGAGUACAACGAGCUUGUGGAUAAGGUGACAAGCUCGGAGACCAAGGUUUCUGAGAUGGAGACUGCUGUGGAGGAUCUACAGUGGGACAUCGAGAAGCUCCGUAAGAGGGAACAGAAGCUCAACAAGCAUCUGGCUGAGGCAUUGGAGCAGUUGACCUCGGGCUACUACACCACUGGCAGCUCAGGGGGGCUACCCGGGGGCCAGAUCACCCUCAAUAUACAGAAGUUUGAGAGCCUGAAUGCAGAGUUGGAGCAGAACCAGGAGCUGGCCAACAACCGCAUGGCAGAUUUGGAGAAACUACAGCAGGAGCUCCAGGAGGCUGUCAGGGAGAGCGAGAAACUCAAGUUGGACCUGAAAAAUAUUCCAGAGGAUGUGGUGAAAGAGACCGCGGACUACAAGUGCCUGCAGUCCCAAUUCUCCCUGCUCUACAACGAGUCUUUGGGGGUGAAGACCCAGCUGGAUGAGGCCCGGGCCCUGCUCCUCACCGCAAAGAACGCCCACCUCCGACAGAUAGAGCACAUGGAGAGUGACGAGCUGUCCCUACAGAAGAAGCUCCGCACAGAGGUCAUCCAGCUGGAAGACACGCUGGCCCAGGUGCGCAAGGAGUACGAGAUGCUGCGCAUCGAGUUUGAGCAGAACCUGGCGGCCAACGAGCAAGCAGGCCCAAUCAACAGAGAGAUGCGCCACCUCAUCAGCAGCCUCCAGAACCACAACCACCAGCUGAAAGGUGACGUGCAGCGUUACAAGCGGAAGCUCCGAGAAACACAGAUGGAGAUCAACAAGUUGCGGUGUCAGAGUGGUGACACUGGGCUUCUGUCAUUGGAGGAGCCGGUGAGCGACAGCCUGGAGGUGAAGAAAGAGGAGGAUGAAGACCAAGAGGAGGAGAGGAGGAGGGAGCUGGAGAGACAGCGGGCCCGGGAGAGGGAGAGGGAGACUGAGAGGGAACGAGAGAGGGAGCGAGAAAGAGAGCGACAGCGCAGCGAGGAGUUGAAGAGGAAAGAUUCGGACACCCUGAAGAUGCUGAGGGCGGAACUUAAGAAAGCCCAGGAGUCUCAGAAGGAGAUGAAACUACUUUUGGACAUGUACAAAUCAGCUCCCAAAGAGCAGAGGGACAAAGUGCAGCUUAUGGCAGCAGAGCGCAAGUCUAAAGCCGAGGUGGAUGAGUUGCGGGUGCGUGUCCGAGAGCUGGAGGAGAGGGAGAGGAAGGAGAGCAAGAAGCUGGCUGAUGAGGAUGCUCUCAGGAAGAUCCGUGUGGCAGAGGAGACAAUCGACCAUCUACAGAAGAAGCUCACUGCCACCAAACAAGAGGAGGAGGCCCUACUGAGUGAGAUGGACGUGACGGGCCAGGCCUUUGAGGACAUGCAGGAGCAGAACAGCCGGCUGAUGCAGCAGCUGAGGGAGAAGGACGACGCCAACUUCAAGCUGAUGUCGGAACGCAUCAAGUCCAACCAGAUCUACAAGCUGCUGAGGGAGGAGAAGGAGGAGCUGGCUGACCAGGUGCUCACCUUCAAGACCCAGGUGGAAGCCCAGUUAUUGGUUGUACAGAAGCUGGAGGAGAAAGAGGGCAUCCUCCAGAGCUCACUGACCAAUCUGGAGAAAGAGUUAGGAGUUCGCAUACAAGCACUAGAACUCAACAAGAGGAAGGCGGUGGAGGCAGCCCAGCUGGCUGAGGACCUUAAGGUGCAGCUGGAUCACACCCAGUCCAAGCUGAGGAAGAUCCAGGUAUCUGUGUCUGAGAACCGCAACGCCAGAGAGCGGGAGUUGGGCAACCUCAAAAGAGCGCAGGAGGACCUGUCCAGGCUACGACGAAAGCUGGAGAAGCAGAAGAAAGUGGAGGUGUACACUGAUGCUGAUGAGAUCCUGCAGGAGGAGAUCAACCAGUAUAAGGCGAAGCUGCGUUGUCCGUGCUGCAACACCCGCGACAAGGAGACGGUGCUCACCAAGUGUUUCCACGUUUUCUGCUACGAGUGUCUGAAGACGCGCUACGACACCCGACAAAGGAAGUGCCCCAAGUGCAACUGUGCCUUCGGGGCCAACGACUUCCACCGCAUCUACAUCACCUAACUGCAGAGGAAAAGAAGAGGACAGGGAUAAGGGAGGGGAGGAAGAAAAGAAAAAAUGGAUGGAAGUGAGUGUGGUUGGAGAGCUUAGUUUUGUCUUUCUCGAAGGACUUUCUUAUAUUACGUCAUUGCCGGUUGGUGCUAGUGACCAAACAGAUAGUUGUGACUGAGUGAGUCUAAAAACCGAAGUGCACAUACCAAGGUAUUCAUACUUCUGGAUACUGUUUUUGUUUUUCUGUCACAUCUUUGUUUUUGGAUCAAGUCUUGCCCAUGUGGUAAUUAAAUAUUUAACUAGG